CGUUCAGGCUCUGAGCGGGCGGGAGGGGUACCGUAGGAUGGAGGAGGACCUGGAAGCGGAGCCCGAGCCGGGGCGGGAGCCGGAGGCGGAGCCCGGGCCAGGGUCGGAGCAGGAGCAGGAGCUAGAGCCGGAGCCCGAGCCUGAGUCGGAGUCGGAAUCCGAGCCGGAGUCCGAGCCCGAGUCCGAGCCCGAGCCAGAGCCGGAGCCCGAGCCGGAGUCAGAGUCGGAGCCAGAGUCCGAGCCCGAGCCCCAGCCCGAGCCCGAGUUCCAGCUGGAACGGGGGCACGAGCCCAGACAGGAGCGAGGGCUGGAGCCAGAGCUCGAGCUGGAGCUGGUGAAGGAAUUGGAACCGGAGCCGGAGCCAGAGCCGGAGCCAGAGCGGAGGCUGGCAUGGGCUGAGACCGGGGCUCAGGAGGAGCUGGAGCUGCAGGAUCGGGAGUUUUUCUCGUGGGCAGAGUUCAGCCGGUUCUUCGAUGCUUGGUGUCAGCAGCACCGGGCCCUCUUCUUCGUCAAGAGUUCCAUGCACCUGGCCAAAUGCCGCUGGGCCCUCGAUACCCCGCUCCAUGCCCUCAUCGAUGUCCUCAAAUACAGCUACGUGCGGCUUGUCUGCAAGGACGUUCGGGCACCCGCCGGCCGGCCUGGCAUUGCGGGGAGCCCCCAGCCAGGCUGUCCAGCCUUUAUCAUCCUGAAGCUCAGUCCACUUCGGGACCGCCUGGUGGUGACUGAGUGCCACCUGACCCAUUCACAUCCAGCCUGCCCUUUGGAGUUUGCCUACUAUUUCCGCCCAGGCCAUCUUCUUGCCAACGCCUGCCUCCCUGUCCGCACCACCAACAAGAUCUCCAAGCAGUUUGUGGCCCCUUCAGACAUCCACCGCCUCCUCUCCUACUGCAAGAGCCGGGACCAUGGUGUCCUCGAUGCCCUCCAUGUCCUGGAGGGGCUCUUCCAGGCUGACCCUGAGGCCAAGGUGAAGCUGGUCUUUGUGGAAGAUCAAGCCGUGGUGGAGACCGUCUUCUUCCUCACGUCCAGCAUGAUGGCUCUGCUGCGCCGCUUCCCCCUCAUGCUGUUCUUUGACCGCCUCCCGGGCCUGCAGGGCACCUUUGAUCUGUCCACGGUGCUCUGUGUGGAUGACCGCGGCCGUGGGCGGGAGGUGGCCUGCUGUCUCACACGCCAGACCACCCCCAACCUUCUGCGCUUCACGCUGGCCUCGCUGGUGCAGAGCGUCCCGGAGAUCAAGGGCCGUGUGCGCUGCGUCACCGUGGGGCCCGAGGUGGGCACCCAGCUGGAGGCCGUCCGGGAGCUGCUGCCCGGGGCUCGCGUCCAGAUCUGCCGGGUUCAGGUGCUGGAGACGCUCUUCAGCAAGGCCCAGGAGCUGGGCGGGGCCGGGGAGGACCCCGGGCUGUGGCCACUGCUCUGCCGCCUGGCCGGGGCGGCCUCCGCCGCAGCCUACAUGGAGGCCCUGGCCGAACUGCGGGCCACUUGUCCUGCUGCCUUCGUGGACUACUUUGAGCGGAGCUGGGCACCCCGCAGGGCCAUGUGGGUGCGCUUGUGGGCCUUUGAAACAGCCCGAAAUGUGGAUGCUUGUGCCCUGGUCCGAGGGCACCGGCAGCGCUUGCUGCGCGGGCUUAGCCCCUCACCCACAGUGGCCCAGUGUAUCCGCGACCUAGUGGCCUUGCAGCGGGGGCACAGUGAGGGGGAGGGGCUAGUGGGAGAAGAGGGCCUGUUCAAGACCCCUCUGACAGGACCUGGGGUAGGGAUGCAGCUGGGGGACAGAGAGGAGGCUGGAGCCACAAUGGGAGAGCUUCAGGGAAGAGGGAGGACGGCUGGGGGUAGAGAUGAGAGGGUGGCGGCCCGGAAGCGUCCCCGAAGCUCCUCGGAGGAGGAAGACUGGGAGCUGCUGUCUAGGUUCCGGGCUGUGUGUGGACCGGAGCUGGCCGGCCUGGUGGCUGAGGAGCUGACCUUUGCUCGGCAGCAUGGGCUCAGGGGCUUCCGGUGGACUGGGACCGGCUACACCCUGCAGGACGGGACCUCGGACUUUCUCCUGGAUGCGGCGCUGACCCGCUGCAGCUGCUCCAUCCACGCUGCCCGCCACCUCCCCUGUCGCCACCUCUUUGCUGCCCGUCUUGUGGUGGGAGCUGCCCUAUUCCACAUGGACCUGCUCAGGGACAGCUGGGGCGGCGCCCCUGAGCCUUGA